GCAGACGCAAUUUUGAGCUCGAUUCACGAAUGUCUCGCAGCCACCAAUUUCGACAUUCACAAACUUACGAGAGACAAGCUAAUCUCCGCGAAUCACGGCAUCCGACUCCCCGCGCCGAGAAUGGUGCUUGCCCUUCCCCGCAAUCUCUCCGCGUCCCCUCACCUCCACCUCCCAAUCCGCCGGACUGCCACGUGUCAGGCCCUCCUUUCUCGCCGAGGCGUCCCUCCUACGGCCUCUCUCGUCGUUAAGGUUCCUGCAGAAAACACUUCCGCUAAGGCUGCCGGGAUCAGCGCAACAGUCGGUUUCACAGCGUCGCGUGUUUUCGGGUUACCCGAUUCGCGCGCUCUGCUUGCGCCGCAGCGCGCUACAGCCGGCGCGGGCUCGCGUACCGCUGGUGGUGGCGGCGCGUUGGUGGUGAGAAUGGUGCUCACGGAGUCGCAGCCGCUCGCUUUAGGCACACGCGCGCCGGAUUUCACGCUCGUGGAGCCUCUGACUGGGAAGACAUGGUCCCUAUCGGACUUCGACGGCCACCCCGCCUUGCUGGUCAUGUUCAUCUGCAAUCAUUGCCCCUUCGUUGUUCACAUCAAGUCUCAGCUUGUUGCUCUCGGCAGCGAAUACAUCUCCAAGCAUGGGCUGGGAGUGGUUGCAAUCUCGGCAAAUUCGGCCCUGACCCACCCCCAGGACGGACCCUACAAGAUGGCAGAGGAAGCUAAGCAGUUCAACUUCCCCUUCCCGUAUCUGUAUGACGAGACGCAAGAGGUGGCCAAGGCCUACCAAGCUGCCUGCACGCCUGACUUCUUCCUCUUCAAAAAGGACGGCCGCCGCCCAUUCGAGCUCGCAUACCACGGCCAGCUGGACGACUCCCGGCCCUCCAAUGGGCGCCCGGUAACCGGCAAGGACCUUCGUAACGCUCUGGACUGCGUGCUGUCAGGGAGAGCUGUUACCGCCCCUCAGAAGCGCAGCAUUGGCUGCAAUAUCAAGUGGGCGCCGGGCAACGAACCUGAUUAUUUCGGCUAGUUGGUGUUUUGUGAUACCAAGCAGGAGAUGGUAUGGUAUGGUAUGUCUGUAGAUACACUACUAUGGUACUAGACUGGUACGAGUUGUCGGAUACAAUACAUGACAUGUUUAAAGCACAUACCCAAGGUAGCAGCCCGACGUGUGAUGUGAUGCUAGACUAGCACUACAGCAUUGGCUUUAGAGAACAUACUGCACUGGUGCAGCAUCAUAUGUUGUCGGAACUUUCUACCUCACCAGUAUUAUCAGCCUGCAAUGCAGGUCAGAACUACAGUUGGGCUGUUACCAUUGCACACCAUUGUAUAAACAAGGUAUCGGAUA